AUGUGGGGUCCCCUAACUGCUUUGGUCUUCAUGCUCAUAAAGGAUUGUCUGUGUCACAGUGUACAUGACACAGUCCAGGCAUGGAAACAAUACCAUAAAGAUUGUGAAGAACGAAUGAGGAGGGAACCUCCACUGCUUGGUGUGUACUGCAAUCGCACUUUUGACAGUUACGCUUGCUGGGGUGAUGCUGCAGCAAACACAACUCAUUCAGAGCCAUGUCCUAACUACCUGCCAUGGUACUCACAAGUAAAAGAUGGCUUUGUAUUUCGCCGUUGUGGCCCAGAUGGUCAGUGGGUGAGGGAUGAGACCGAUCUUCCAUGGAGAGACCACUCUGAAUGCGAUAGUGUGGAUCAUGAGCAGGAGCAGUCACAGGUGAGGGCUUGGAUCCUGUCACAGCUUCGUGUAAUGUACAGUGUGGGGUAUGGUGUGUCACUAGCAGCACUGAUUGUUGCUGUGUGUAUACUCACACAACUCAGACGCCUGCGAUGCACACGCAAUGUGAUCCAUUGCCAUCUCUUUGUAUCUUUCAUCCUCCGUGCUGUGUCAUUACUGACUCGAGACACACUGCUAGCACAACAACACAGCAUGAUACAACAAGAGGGGGACUUCACAGCACUGCUCCGUGAGAGAACUUUGGUAGGUUGUCGUGUGGCUCAGACCAUCACACAAUACUGUGUAGUUGCCAAUUAUUACUGGCUGUUGGUGGAAGGUUUGUAUCUACACAACCUCCUGGUUGUAUUGUCAUUCUCAGAGGAGUCUGUACUUCCCCGCUACAUGAUGCUUGGAUGGGGUGCACCAGUUUUGUUUGUGGUCCCCUGGGUGAUUGUGAGGCAGCUCUAUGAGAACACACAGUGCUGGGAGAGAAAUGACAACCAGUCCUAUUGGUGGAUUAUCAGAUCUCCCAUCUUAUUGGCUGUGUUGAUAAAUUUUCUAAUCUUCAUGCGGAUUCUGAGGAUUUUAGUCCUGAAGCUGCGAGCCAAUCAAAUGAGACGGAGCGACCGCAAAUUCAGACUAGCUAAGUCUACUCUCACCCUGAUCCCACUGCUGGGGGUGCACGCCGCUGUAUUCAGCCUGAUCCCAGAGGAGAGCACAAGCGGAGGAAUAAGACACACGCGGCUGGGAGCUGAGAUACUACUAAGUUCCAUUCAGGGGCUGUUGGUCUCGGUGCUGUACUGCUUCUGUAACAAGGAGGUUCAAGCUGAACUUCGCAGGAAGAUCCGUGGAUCUCGAAAUGGUGGGGCCCCUCCGUGCUCUUCUGGAUCUAUGCACCCUGCUUUAGGGGCACCACAUGCUGCUGAGGAUCUGAUGUCAGACAGCUCAGAGACCACCCCACCAAUGGUCCGGACCAGUUAA